UGUUUUCUUUCUCGUGAUUUUUUAAAUCUUCUUCUUUUUGGGUUUCUUUUUGUCUCCAAGUGGAUGGAUUUGGCUCUGGCUUCUGCUAUCUCCUUUGAAAAAUGUAUAAAGAUAUGACAGUCCUCAACUCAAUCAUUUUCAGAAUUAAAAAAAUGAAUUUUUAUGCCAAUAAUUCACCUCAGCCAACAGUUUUGAAUUAACAGUGUAAUUCAUUCUGCACCCCACUAAUAUCUUCAAGUGGUUUACUUGUUUAUGUACUCCAAUGGCUUUAAUUUCAGGCUUGUUUUACUUGUGCAUAUUUGUUUUGGUUGCAUGUUUUACUCGCCCAAUUGUGUGUAUUAGCAGACCUCAAGCUGCCCUCUUCGUGUUCGGCGAUUCACUGUUUGAUCCUGGGAAUAAUAACUACAUCAAUACCACCACUGAAUUCCAAGCAAAUUGGCGGCCAUAUGGAGAAUCAUACUUCAAAUACCCUACCGGCAGGUUCUGCGAUGGACGCCUUAUCCCUGAUUUUAUCGCUGAACAUGCUAAUUUGCCAUCGAUUCCAUCGUAUUUUCAAAUUGGCAAGCAACACUUUGUUCAUGGGGUAAACUUUGCAUCAGGCGGUGCUGGUUGCUUGGCCGAAACCCAUCGUGGCUUUGUUAUAGAUCUCAACACACAGUUGAAAUAUUUCAAAAAUGUGGUAGAAAUAUUGAAGAAGAAGGUGGGAGCGACGGAAUCCAAACAGAUCCUCUCCAAUGCUGUAUAUAUUUUUAGCGCUGGUGGUAAUGAUUACUUGGCUCCUUUCUCAACAAAUUCGACUAUUCCAUAUCCUGAAAGAGAAUAUCUACAAAUGAUUAUGGGCAAUUUGACAUCUGUUUUGAAGGGAAUUUACAGGGAAGGAGGGAGAAAAUUUGCCAUGCUUAAUAUGGUUCCCAUAGGUUCUCUUCCUAAUAUUAGGGCUCUUAAUGCUCAAAAAGGAGUUAAGAAUGGUGAUUUCAUAGAGGAGGUCACAAACUUGGUGAAAAUGCAUAAUUCGGCUCUCCCAAAAAUUCUCAAGCAAUUGGAGAAGCAAUUACCUGGAUUUAAGUAUACAUUAUUCAACUUGUUCAAAGUAUUUGCCGAAAGCAUUGAUAAUCCAACAAAAUAUGGUUUUAAGACAUCAAAGACUGCUUGUUGUGGGACUGGUGCAUUUCGAGGGAUUUAUAGUUGUGGAGGUAAGAGGCAGGUAAAAAAGUACGAGCUGUGUAAAAACGUGAAAGAUUACUUGUUUUUCGACUCGUUUCAUCCCACUGAGCUAGCCUACCAACAAUACGCCGAAUUACUGUGGAAUGGAACUGCAGAUGUUGUUGCACCUUACAAUCUAAAAUCCUUUUUUGAACUUUCAACAUAACCUGAUGGUGGUAUUGCUGAGAUUGUUUCGUCAUAUUAAAAGAUAGAAGCAAAAAGAAUGUGAAAUUUGAUGCUAAAAGAGCUAGAUCUCUACUUUGUUCAAUUUACGAAGAGUCAAUCUUUAGAUUUGAUGAGAUGACUUCAUAUCUCAGUCUACAUGAUUGAACAAAGCUGAGAAAUUAGUUGGAAUCAUGUAAUGUACAUUUCAAUUGUAUAUGCAUGGAUAAGGAUUUGUAAAAGGAUGUCCAUUUUAUUUGGGAAGUGAUUGGAAUUAAUAAAACUUCCCCUUUUUGUCUGUGUC